AAGUACCUACCCUAUAAAUUUUGAUUCCUUUGUUGACAUUUUCGAAAUUUACGUUUUUUGCGUCAUAAACGAAUUUCAACUCGAUACAUCCGGACGGACGGACGGACAACAAAGUGAUCCUAUAAGAGUUCCGUUUUUUUCUUUUGAGCUACGGAACGCGAAAAACUACAGGUAAUCGUACAUACCUAGGUACACUACCCCUUCCCUCCGAGUAGCUCUAACACGGGCCUGAUAAGCAAUUCGCUCUUGACAUUUUCGUGCCUGACAGCGAUAUUGAACGUUAGCAGUUAUUUAAUACAAGCAUUUUGUAAUUUACUUCAUUUAGUUUUGAAGCACACAAAAACAAAAACACGACAAAAAUUGUAUCAGGAUGUUGCGUUGUUGAAAAUUCCGUGCUGUGACGUACCUUAAAACAGUGCCUAGACGUAGUGACAUGUCCAUUUAAACUAGUUGAAUUCAUGACAUCAUUGUUGAGAAUCUAGAUAGGUACCUAGCUGAAAUUAAGUCAAUUUAGUGUGUUACUUAGGAAAGUGACUGAAGUGUUUAGCAAUAAUACGAACUGUGCAAAUCCUUCAAGUGUUUUGGCUGACAACGCGCUACUUUUACCGUUGUGUUCCUACAAAUUUAGUGUGGGAUUUGGUUAACGUUGGGUAUAAGGUGGUGUAAACAGGAGAACCAUGAAUACAGUGCAGAGCACCGGCGGCCACGGUGGGUCUAUGAAAAAGGAUUCCAAACAUGAUGAGCUAGCAGCGGCAACGCCGACCCAACGCAACUGGCGCGGGAUCCUCAUAGCGCUCCUAGUGAUAGCAGCAGUCCUGGGCCUGAUCGUGUUCAGUAUCGCGCUACUAACGCCAGCUGGUGAUGGUGGAAGGGUGCGCGGGCGUCGGCCUGCACUGCAUGAACUGUUGCAGGAACAUUACAAGCCGUUCAAUGGGACUUGGCUGUCAGAUGAGGAGCUGGUGUUCCGCGACCGCUGGGGCGGACUCACGCUGUUCAACGUACGCAACUUCACCACGAGGCUGCUUAUGAACAACUCCACUUUUAGAGAGCUAAAUGCCGUAGACUUCAAAGUUUCCGCGGAUCUCAAGUUCGUGCUGCUAGUAUCUGACGUGAGGCCGGGCUGGCGGCAUGCCAAGCUCGCCAGAUACCACGUCUAUGACGUCAUUAACAGGAAUAAGAUUCCUAUAUCGCCUGUCGAAGAUGACCGAACAGCGCCGCUCCUGCAGUACGCGGAAUGGUCCCCUACUGGAUCUAGCCUGGUCUUCGUGCAUGACAACGACAUCUACUACAAGCCCAGAGUGCUCAAAACACUGGUGUGCCGGAUUACCAAUAACGGUGUUCCUGGAGUGAUCUUCAAUGGCGUCCCGGAUUUUCUGUACGAGACGCAGGUCCUGCGGCUGGAGCGCGCGCUCUGGUUCAGUCCCGACGCGCAGACGCUGCUCUACGUCAGCUACAACUGCUCGCUGGUCCACCAGCAUCAGUAUCCUUGGUAUGGGUUGGAAGAACAGGAGCCUCCGGCCUACCCGGCUAUUAGGACGCUGAGGUACCCUAAGGUGAACACGAACAAUCCAGUGGCGACGGUAUACGUGGUCAGUUUGAAGACACCCAAGUUCCUCUUCCCGCACGCGAUACAGUUCACUCCGCAAAUUGACAAAGACUGGUACGUCCGCUGGACGGCGUGGACGUCGGAACGGCAGCUGGCGGUACUGCUGCUCAACCGCGCGCAGAACGUCUCCAUCAUCAGCGUGUGCAGCGCCACCAACUACAACUGCCAGGACAUAAUCCGUGACGAGUCCGACGGCUCCCGCUGGUCCGGCCUCGGCGCUGAGCCAGAGCCGGACUGCGGCUGGUGCGGCGGUUCGGCGCUGCUCGGCGGGCGCACGGCGCUCUUCACCAGCGCGCCCGUCGCCGACCGCGGCGGGGCGUGGCGACACGCCGUGCGGGUCGGCCCGGACGGGAAGACUAGCGUCACGCAGGGACCGUUUGAGGUCACGCAGUUGAUGGGAUGGGACGAGGGCAGGAAGCUACUUUACAUAAUGGGCACCGCACCAGAAAAGGCAGGCGAGCGACAUCUGUACCGCGUGCGAAUACCCGAUGACGCCACUUGGCCGGCGCCUCACUGCCUCACGUGUCCGGACUCAGCCCCUCUACCGCCUGACGAGCCGCCACCACCCACCAGUGAGGAACCCCCGUUACAGGAGCCGGAGAACUCGACGUCGCCGCUGCCGGCGUGGCCGACAUCAACAGUGCUGCCACACGUGUCCGAGGAGAACGACUCGUUGCCCUCCGAGUGUCUUUACAAUCGAGUCAUCUUUAGCAGAAACUUCUCUUACUAUGUACAGGAGUGCCUGGGUCCCGGGCCGCCCACCAUCUUCCUCUGCGCGUCGAACGGAGAGCGUCGCGCGGUGUUGUGGGACGGGGCUCCGCUGCGGCAGAAGUUUGCCGCGCUGGCCGUGCCACAGGCCAAGGUCUUUAGGGUUGAGGUGCAAGCGAACAGGGAGGCGCGCGUGAGACUCUACCUGCCACCAGGGUUCAGAGAGACCGACGAUCUGCCGCUGCCACUCGUGCUGCACGUGUCAGCGGAACCAGGAGGGCAGCUGGUGACGGAACAAUGGAAUCCCGGAUGGGGUUGGUACCUUGCAGCUGCGCGUAAUUUCAUCGUGGCUGAAAUUGAUGCAAGAGGCUCUGGUGGGCAGGGAGAGGAACUCAGGACUGAAAUAUAUCACAAGCUGUUGUCCGUUGACGUGGAAGAUCAAAUUGCCGUUUUAUCGUACCUCCGUGACAACCUGAAGAUGGUGGACGGCAGCCGCGUGGGCGUGUGGGGGCGCGGGUACGGCGCGGGCGCGGCGGCCGCGCUCGUGGCCGACGACGCGCGCAACGUCACGCGCUGCCUCGCUGCUGUGGCCCCCGUCACCGACCUGCGGCAUUACAAUUCAUUCUGGACGGAGCGAUACGCGGGGUACGGCGCGCACUGGGCGGGCGCGCUGGGAGCUAGCGCAGUGUGGCGUAAAGCAGGCAACCUUCCACCCCGCCGACUGCUACUGGCUCAUGCUACAGCCGACCUCGCCGCGCCACAAGACCAUGCACUAGGGCUUGCUCGCGCGCUGAUACGAGCAGGAGCGGUUUAUACACACCAGGUCUACCCCGACGAAGGUCACAACUUCGAGCGCUCUACCAUCCACCUGCACAAGGCCAUGGAACAGUUCUUCGACGAAUGCUUCGGGCCCGUUGAGGUCGCCGACUGGGACGUCGGCGGGGUGGGGGGACUCUUCCCCUUCCGUGACUAGUGCGAGGAGGGGGGGUUCUUAUCUUGCUAGAGCUGAGCUUGCUUCCUCUUAGGACUGCGAUGCUGAGCUCUCUCUUGUAACAAGUGCAGACUUUAGAGGAUUAUCCUCUCUAACCACUAGUCUGGUGCUGAAGGACCCUCCCUGUUUCGAAUCUAAUGUGCGUCAAUGACUCUAACGCUUCCAUAAAGAGAAUUAGUGGACAUCAAUGACUAACACUAAUGCUUCUAUAAAGAGAAUGUUGUUUCUUGCGAAGAGUGUGGUAUCAAGUUCCUCCUAAAACAACUGGUGAUACUGGAACAGAAUUAUUCCUGCUUUCGUAACCGUGUAAGAUCAUUGACUUUCCAAAAAAAAACCUACCGCAUAGAAAUCGCCGUAAUACCCAAAUAUAAUACGAAGCAAAACUUCGUUAUUUUUUAACUAAUUUGAACAAUCAGCAAGCCUUUUGUAAGAUAUAAACAAACAAAGUCUAGGAAUAUAAGAAAUGAAUGAUAUUGAGUACUAAUACUAGUACUAAAUAAAAAUAAUCUCAAUACGUACCUACCUAAAAUAGGCCUGGUGACGAAAGUAAGAUACAGGCAUUGUUUACGUAUUGAAUAUUUUUUUAGAAUGGAAAGAAUACGGAAAGAAAAAUUAAACGCUUCCAAAAUAAAAGAGAAUUAGAUAUUGAGAGGCAAAAUCUAUGCAGGCAUUAUUGUCAAGAAGAUGGAUACCUAAACGUGGAUUUUUGGGAAAUUGAAGAACCUUGAACCAUUUACCUAAUAAGGUGGUUUUAAUGAUGUUUCCUGAUAUUUAAAUCUAGCCUAUCGAGAGUUUAAUCUUGUAAACGAUGCAAAUAUUCAGAUGUCGUCUUUACAUAUAUGCUAGGUUGCAAAUAAAUGGUUACGAUAAUUCCUCUUUAUCUUCUAUCCUAAGUGUCACUAAAAUUAGUGAAGUACGUGUUCAUUGUUAUUAACUUGGGAGAACCGGGAACCGAAAAACGUUAAAGACUUAGACAAAUUAACAUUCAAUGUAUAGAAAAACUUGCAGAGAAGAUUUAGAAAGAAUCAUUGUAGAAUUAAUCAAGAGUUAGAUUUUCAGGGCUUUUAGCUAGUUUGGCCCCGAAAUUUGUCCUGGGUUACUAAACCCAAGGCACAGUGAUGUUUGGAUCUAACUAUACAAUUACUGAAGUUAUAAUUUUGAACAACACUUUAAGAACAUAGUUAAGAGAUGAGGUAAACACAUCUGGUAAUAGUAUUGGUGCCAUUCGUGUUCCCAUAACGAAAUAUAUGGUUUAGUCUUCUUUUGGUUUUGAGCAAAUAAUAGCUUGAGCCGUUUCCAAGAUUGGCUUUAAAAUUCUAUACUAACUAUAUUUAUUAAUUUAACUACAAAUGAGGGAUGUUACGGAGCUCCGGUUCCGUUAAGUCGGAACUUCCGAUUGGUAUUACACAUCCGCUUCGGUUCUGGUUCCGUUACUUUUGAAUCGGAAGUUAUAUCGGAAGUCAAAGACUUUUUUUUUAGACUUUUUGCUUUUAACACCUAAAAGCUCAACGUUUUUUGUUAAGGAUCAUUAAUAUUUGGAUAUUUUUUUAAUAGAACUAUCUACCCUUAAAAUAUCGUCUACCUCUCACUCAAGCUCCGAUUCUGGUUCCGGUUCCGUUUUCGGUUCCGAUUCCGUUUCUGGGUCCGAUAAACUAAAUUUAAAACAUCUGGUUCCGCUUUCGAUUCCGAUAAAACCACAUCCGUUACAUCCCAGCUACAAAUAUCAGUUAUAUUUGUAGUAAUGUUUUAUGUAUGAUUCAAAAAUGUUUAGAGUUUUGGUUAGUUGUGGACCAAGAUCCAAUGGACUUGUAUUUGAAUGUAAUUUUUAACAAAAUGAAGCCAAACUUGCACUUCCAAGAGAAUUGGAUUGAUAAAUCUUUGUGUGAUAAAUAUUUAAAGUGUAAUAUCAAUGGCUGUUUCAAGUACUUAUAAGAAUAUUUAUUAGUUUCCCUUUGUUUACCGAAUUGUCCCAAAAGGAUGGGUAAUUGUAUUUGAGUUAACUAAAGUUUUUUUCCAUCUUUGAUAUUGUGAGUAGCCUAAAUGGCAUAAUGAGAUGUGUUAAGAUUGAUUUCGUCGUUAAUCAUUGACACUUUUUGGAAAAAUGUAUAAUCAGGAUGUUUUUUUUUUUUCAUAACUUUAGUUACAUAAAGUUUUCAAUAACAUAUAAAACGUUUUUCUAGUUGUCUCAUAUCCCUUAUUUGAAAGAAUGUUGAAGAUUGUGGAUAAAUCCAAACCUUUGAAGCCUAAAUGUUAGACUUUAUUGUGAAACAAUAAAAUAAAGUACGACGGUUAAAAUAUAUAUUUAAAGAGAUAAAUGUAGUAUUUUAUUAGAUGUAUAAAUUCAACUCAAGUUUGUGAACAGAUUGACGAACAAUCCUUACUUACUGUACAAUCAAUUGUUCACUGGCUUGACGAUGGGAUAACAACUCCCGAAAAAUUUCUUAUGAUUAUUAUAAGGAAGGAAAUUCUAUAUUUUGUCGUGUAACGUAUCAAGAUCUUUAUCUAUACCUACUAUUUCUAUGUCGCUUUCAAUGUCAUCGUAAAAUAGCUAUAAAUAUAGUUCCCUUAAAUCCUUACCUUGAUAAGAAAGUUUUUAUUAAACAAACGACUUUUCAGUGUGUACACGGCCCUACUGUCGUCCAUCACGUACUCGGUACAACUUCAACACAUAUUUGAAACGCUCCAAAUUAUAAUAUAUUUUAUUACCAUUGGACAACUGCAAGUCUAUCAAAAAGAAGUACUUAUCAGUAAGUGUUAUUUCUUAGUACUAUACUUUAAAGUCAUUUGUAAAAUAAAGAGUAACUAAUAGAUUGUACUAGAAACUUACUCCCACAUUGACUCUAAACCGCCUAAAAUUCUCAACAUCUACAUUCUAUUUUUGUCACAAACAUACGAGUCGAUGGGGAUAAAAUAUCAAGAAGUAUAAAAACUUACCUAAGAAUUUAUAAAACCUACUUCAUUUCGAGGUAUUCCGCAGACAAAUCGCUUUAGAUACAGAUUACAACGAUGCAUGAUCAGUAAAAAAAAAAGAUCAGUAAAUAAAAGUUGUGUCUUUAUUCAUAUAUCCGUAUUUUUUGAAUAUUCAAACGAAAUAUUUGUAAUAUAAGUAGAGGAAAGUAUCGUCUGCGUAUGCCUCAAACGCACCUUGAACGUUGCCGAGAUUUGAUAUUUGUGUAAAUUAGGACCCCUAAAUAAAACGUAUUGGCUUUAUUUGUUUUUAGCAAGCUUGUGGAAACGCAUUAAAAAGUAUAUCAAGCACUAUAACCAAAGAUACAUUGAUUGAGUGAGAUGUAUAAAAUCUAAGACAAUUCGUGCUUCGAAUUUGAUAGACGAGAUGGCGCUGUACAGCUCCAAACAUUUUGCGGUAACUCUGAUUAUCAAAAGUUGAUGUUUGACAACUCAGUGACCGAAAAAUAUUUGGCGCUACUGCCAUCUGUUUUGGAUGUCAAACUAAGGGGCACGUUUUUUUCUCAGACUUUACCCCUCUAUUACAAUCAAUUAUCUUUGCUAUAACUAACAUAUUUUAACGCAGUUUAAUUAUGUGAAAGAUUUGAAAGCAGAGGUUGGUAACUAAAGGAUUACAGUCCUCUAAGGACAUAUGUAGUUGACCCUCCCUGAAAACCAUCUGCUAUCAAAGAGAAUAUGAAAUAUAGGUGGAUUGUCAAAGAAAACUUUGUAGCCACAGUAAAUUUACUGCCAUCUUUCGACACAUGAUUAAAACUUUUAGAACGCCAUUUGACUUUGAUCCUUAUUCUAUCACUGAUAUAUGUUAAAUUUGUUAAAUAUCAAAAAGUGGCGCCAUCAAAGGCCAAAGGUACGGCAUUGUUUCGAGCGAUGUUACCUUACCUUUGGGUUAUGAGUUAUUACCGAUAAGAUGGCGCCACUUUUUAUUUAACAAAUUUAACACAUAUCAGUGAGAGAAUAAGUAUCAAAGUCAAAUGGCGUUCUAAAAGUUUUAAUCAUGUGUCAAAAGAUGGCAGUAAAUUAACGUGGCUACAAUCCACCUCUAUAUCAAAUCCUCUUUACUGCUAUGCAGACGGAGGGUAGACUGUUUCUGCAGAUAAUUAUACAUCGAGUCAUGCCAAAUCCAUGAAAAGCGAUAGAAAUAUUUGUAGACAAAUGAUAAGUCUCGGCGACGGUACUCUCUACAAAUUCUACUCUUACAUUGAGUUAGCUAAACUAGUCUUAUCUCUAGUCAUUUUAUUUAUCUAAGAAAUGUAACUAGGUGUCGAGGUUUUUAGAUCUCAAUGUUUUGGAUAUCAUUUUCGUUGAAAGUUUUUUAUAUGAGUUUUAUUUACUCAUAUUAUCCGGAGAAUUUAGGAUAGAAAAUAAAAACUUUAGUUCCAGAAUGAAAUGCGUUUUCUAACUUGAAUUAUUUGCAACAUUGAAAUACCUAGUUAUGUUACUUAUUGUUUUCAUUCUGUUCAGUGAGUAAGAAAAUCCUAUUCUGUAUAAUAUUGUAUAGAUACGUUAAGUGAUAUAUGUUCAUAUAUACCUACAUGUUACAUGUCUUAACAACGCUCAGUGGAUAUAUUGUUUAAAUUUAUGUUGAAUUGUUGUUUCAUAUAAAACAAUAAAAAGUUGUUCCCAA